AUGUCUUCCCAGCCCACCAUCAAUGAUUUGCUCCCCAAGUUCAUCGCCACCCUCAACAAGAUCAAUGCCACCGUUGAAGCGACCCAUGACACCAUCAAAACACUGAGUGAUUCUGUCGACGAGCUUGAACGCACCGCCAGGGAUCUAGAGUCCACCAACAACAUGCUACACGAGUCCCUCACCAGACAGGAGCGCAACAUCAACAGAAUCGAGUCGAGACAGCGCUGUAUCGAAGGCGAGCUGCAGAAGAAGAAGCAGAAACGACAAGAGGCAGAACGUCGCCUCAAAAGGGUGCAGGAGAGUAAGGACAGAGAGGAAAGAGAAGAGAGGCACAGAAUGGCAUCAAGGGCGUUAACGAAAAGUAUAUCAGAGCAACAGAGUAUCAUGGAGCAAGCAAAGAAAACAUUUGCCGACAAAACAUGGCCGCAUCAUUUCGGGAUCAUGUCUGAGAAGUUUUAG